CCGUUAAGGUGGGUGUUUGCAAAAUUUUGGGAAAAUUAGAUGGACGUCAUCUAUCUUUCUACUUAAAAUGAAUGAACCCCUUUGGAAAGUCUGUAUUACCCAAAUCUCUCCAGAAGAAAAAACUCAACACAGACGCGAGUCGUUUAUUGUUUUAGAGAACCAAAACUAAUCUUGUAACUCAUACACACACACACAUAUAUAUAUAUACAGAUACAGAUUCGGUCUUCACUAAACCCCACAACCCUUAACUUCAUAACCCAAUCUAUCAUGCUGAGAUCAACCUUCACUCCCAUUUUCCCAGCAUUUCCCGCCAAAAUUAGUACCAGAAAACUACCGUUCAAGGCCAUCUUCAGCGCUCUCGCACAUAGCUCACCAACUGUUCGACAAAAUACCGCACAGAAAAUCCACAACGAUAGACUUCUCCAACACCAGCUACCACCUACUUCGGCCUACGUACACCUCCCAUUCUGCCGAAAACGCUGCCACUACUGCGACUUUCCCAUCGUCGCCCUCGGCUCUUCCUCGCCCCAAGCCGAGGACGACCCGCGAAUGGUGAACUACAUUAAUCUGCUUUGCCGGGAAAUCGUUGCCACAAGAGGAGAAAGCGAGGAUAACCCGCCUCUCGAAACCGUGUUUUUUGGAGGUGGCACGCCUUCUCUCGUGCCGCCGAGGCUCGUGUCGUCGGUUUUGGAGACGUUGAGGUCGAAAUUUGGGCUGCAUUCGGAUGCCGAGGUGUCCAUGGAAAUGGACCCUGGGACCUUUGAUGCUGGGAAGACAAGAGAGUUGGUGGACUUGGGUGUUAAUAGAGUGUCGUUAGGAGUUCAGGCGUUUCAAGAAGAGCUGUUGAAGUCUUGUGGGAGAGCACAUGGUGUCAAGGAGGUUUACGAGGCUAUUGAGAUUGUUGAGUCUUGUGGGGUUGAGAAUUGGAGUAUGGAUCUCAUCUCUUCUCUUCCCCACCAAACUCCUCAGAUGUGGGAAGAGAGUUUGAGGCUCACCAUUGAAGCGGGACCAAAGCACGUGUCGGUAUACGAUUUGCAAGUCGAGCAAGGCACAAAAUUUGGGUUGUUGUACACACCAGGGGAGUUCCCGUUGCCUUCUGAUUCACAGUCGGCCGAUAUGUAUAAAACAGCUUCAAGAAUGCUUUCUGAUGCAGGUUAUGCUCAUUAUGAAAUCAGCAGUUACUGCAAAAAAGGGUUUGAAUGCAAACACAAUCUGGUUUAUUGGAAGAACAAACCUUUCUAUGCUUUUGGCCUUGGUUCUGCUAGCUACGUUGGCGGACUUAGAUUUUCGAGGCCUAAAAAGAUGAAAGGAUACGUGGAAUUUGUCAAAAAUUUGGAGAAUGGAAUGGUAGAUUGCAAUAACGAUAAUCACAUUGAUUCCAAGGACAUUGCCAUGGAUAUUGUUAUGCUCUCUUUGAGGACUGCAAGAGGCCUGGAUUUAAGGUCCUUCGGAGAAGCAUUCGGUGAUUCUCUUGUUGUUUCUCUUUGCAAAGCCUACAAAGCUCAUGUCCAAAGCGGACAUGUAGUUUGCUUGGACGAGAGAGGACGGGCCUUUUCUUCGGAUGAAUUCAAUACCAUGCUACUUGAUGAGGAAGACAAGAUUGAAAAGGGGCUUGCUUAUAUUCGGCUUAGCGAUCCAGACGGUUUUCUUCUGUCAAAUGAAAUAAUAUCCCAUGCAUUCGGGGUCAUAGCUCCAUAAUGUCACAUCCAUUCGGAUUUUGGAGCACUGCUAAGUCAUCAAGAAGUUAAAAGACCAAUUUAAGUAAUAUAGAAAGCCUUUCUAAUCUGAUGGAUUAUAGACUGUAGCCAUUAUUUAAGUAGCUGAUUGUGAAAAUCAAA